AUGCACCGCUAUGGAACAGAUGUCGUCAUUGUUAAAAACGGCAGAAGAAUAUGUGGCACAGGAGGCUGCUUAGCCAAUGCACCUUUGCAUCAGAACAAGAGCUAUUUUGAGUUUAAAAUCCAGUCCACAGGGAUUUGGGGUAUUGGAGUUGCAACCCAGAAAGCAAACUUGAAUCAAAUUCCACUUGGUCGAGAUGUCCAUAGCCUGGUGAUGAGAAAUGAUGGAGCUCUCUACUAUAACAAUGAGGAGAAAAAUAGGCUACCAGCAAACAACCUUCCUCAGGAGGGCGAUGUGGUGGGCAUUACAUAUGACCAUGUAGAAUUAAAUGUAUAUUUAAAUGGGAAGAACAUGCAUUGUCCAGCUUCAGGAAUCCGAGGGACUGUCUAUCCAGUGGUCUAUGUUGAUGACAGUGCCAUCCUGGAUUGUCAGUUCAGUGAAUUUUAUCAUACACCUCCACCAGGGUUUGAAAAGAUCCUCUUUGAGCAGCAAAUCUUCUGAAUGUCUUCAUACCGAAAAUUUGCACCCUGCACUGUUACAAAAGCUUUGUCAUCUUAAAUAAAGUUUCACUUUACUUUUAGGAAACAUAUCUGUAUUUUUAGUAAGUACUUGUGACUGUUGCCUGCAGAAUUAAUAUGCUAACUGCAACACCAGGUAACUGUGUUGCAAAUACGAGAUUUCUGGCAAUGUUUUGUCAUUGACAAUGAGUGUUUUGGGGCAGGGUUUUUCUCUGAUUUGUACUUGAUGCAUAAGGAGACCAAGUAUUACAUUCAGUAUUUUGAAUAAACUGGAGCUCUGUAAAGCAAAUAGUUCUUACGCUUAUAAUAGCUAUGGAGAUGGAUAGUUCUCAUUAUUUUUGUCCCAACUUUUUUCACACAGAAGUUACAUACUGUGUUUAAAGGCAGCACUGUGUUUCUAGUCUGUGAUUUGGGGUUGCGGUGUCCCAGUUGUGCACAGUGACUAAUAAUACGAUGGCAUAACUAGCAGCUAGACACUUGUUGGUUUUUGUUUUUUCAGUUUUUUUUUUUUUCAAGGUGUAAUUUAAUCCAUUCCCUCAGUCUUGGACUGGCAAAUAUAACUUAUCUAUUUAUCCUAGCUUUUCAUUUGCCUUUAUUGUGAC